GCUGCUGAUACCCUGGAUUUUUAAGAUCGUUCAUUUUGAGGCUCUGAGUUUGACGGCCACCCCCAGCAGCUACGGGUCCAGAGACUCCAUCAUCAGGCGCAGCUGGAAGAGGGAGAAAGACAAGUAGCGAGAGAGCUGGGCUCCAGAGCGCACCAGCACUGGCAGCUGGGGGAAGAAGCCUCCUUCUCUGGGGCUGAACGAAGGUGCGAGCAUGCGCUGCUCCACCCUCCUGUGUAUCCUGGCGGGGGUGCUGCUGUACCUAGUGCUGGGGGCUGUGGUGUUCCAGGCCCUGGAGGCUCCUCGUGAGCAGGACCAGCACACGCAGCUGCAGGACACACGCAGAUCGUUCCUGGAGAACUACACCUGCGUCAGCCCAGACAUCCUGCAGGCUCUCAUAGAGGAAGUGGCAGAUGCCGUGGGAACUGGGGUGGAUCCUAGCAGCAACUCCUCUACUUUCACCAGCCAAUGGGACUUGGCUAGUGCCUUCUUCUUCUCUGGGACCAUCAUCACCACCAUCGGUUUUGGGAACAUCUCCCCGAAGACGGAAUGGGGGCAGCUGUUCUGUAUCUUCUAUGCCCUGGUGGGGAUCCCUCUGUUUGGUAUCCUGCUGGCUGGAGUUGGAGACCAUCUGGGGACUGGGCUGAGGAAGGCCAUCCUCAAAAUAGAGUUCAUCUUAGCGAAAUGGAAGGUCAGUCCUACUAUUGUUCGUGUCAUCUCAGCUGUCCUCUCCAUCCUGUUGGGGGUAGCCAUUUUUGUUGCUGUGCCAACGCUGGUGUUUCAGGAGGUGGAGAAAUGGACUCUCCUGGAGGCUUCCUACUUUGUUGUCAUCACUCUGACUACAGUGGGCUUUGGCGACUAUGUUGCAGGUGAUAGCGGAGAUGGUGGGAAAGACCACUGGUACAAGCCUCUGGUGUGGUUCUGGAUCCUGCUGGGCCUGGCCUACUUUGCCUCUAUCCUGUCCAUGAUUGCAAACUGGCUUCGGGUCCUGUCCAAGAAGACCAGGGCUGAGAUGGAGGAGCUCAGAGCCCGUACCACUGACUGGGGUCAGAACAUCCAGAACAUGUCCGUGGACUUCCGCAUGCCAGACGACCCCUUCAAACGACGGAGGCGAAAGCAUCGCCAUGGUCCUCGCAGCCGGGGCCAUGGGGCGGGUCAUGUGUCUGGGACCAGGGCCCCUGGGGAGGGGGACAGGGUGACGGGGAAUGGCCAGCUGAACAGCCAAUCAGAGACUGGAUCGUCCUCAUAUUCUUACUCCUCCAACGAUUCCAAGUCGGGGUCAGGGUCUGAGACAGGGUCAGAGGCCACACAGUCGGAGCGGGUAGUAGAGGGUAAAGAGAAGGAUGUCGAUAAGGAGAACGCCUUCCCAGAAGCCCUGUAUUCCCAGCCUCUGGACUACUUUGGAGAGAAUCUGGCAUACAUUGAUGAGUCCUCAGACGCAGUGAGUGGGAAAUUACAUUUGGAUCCCCUAUUGGAUUCAGCACAGCCCAUCUCUGCACGCUCACGGAAGCCCAAGAGGAGACGGCCCAGAAGACCGCCCCCAGAGAAGAUCCCCAAAAUCAGCCCUACCAAGCCUGAGAAGAAAGAGCCAAAUGGAGACAUACCCCCUGAAAAUCCCCCGCCCCCUCCACCAAAGGAUGGAUGAACCAAAUGCUCAAGCGUGAGUUUGUAUGUCAGGUAAAUGAACAGGAACUCUACUGGUAGCAGCCAAAUUCUCCCCUUGGGAGAGCUUAACGAUCUGACUAACCGGGGGGGGUUUGUUUCCAGAGCAUGUUGAAAGUGGAUGGAAGGGAAGAAAAAGAAGUGUUGUGAGAAGAACUGAACCUGAUUGAUAUGUUUUAUUCACUGCACUGUUCAUGUUUUCUAAACAUAGUUUGAGUGUGUGUAUGUCGUAAUAUGCCUGAUUCUAAUAUGGACUAGGCCUUGAUGUAAUAGUAAAGUGACUUAUUCAAAUAAUCCUAACAAAACUUAAUCACCGUCACCACACUGACCUGAGGUUGCCUUGGUAGGGUUUUAAUAAUGUUUUAACGUGCCCCUCUCACCCAUGUUUAUUUGAGCGCUACCUACUGGGCAAUCAUGGAACUGCACAGCCCUGUUUCCUCUGGAUAGAAUCUGCAGUGAAGCACAGCAACACAAAGGGUUUCUAACUCUGAAUCAAUCCCUAUUGCUUUCGUCUUUACGGGAAAAAAACGCCUUACGACAAUAACUCUACCAUGAUGAAUUUGCCCCAAAUGUCUGGAGACCAAACUUUAGUAAACAAAGCUUUUGGUCUAUAAUAGGACAAUUCAAGGCAGGAGUAAAUCCUGUCUCUGCCAAUAACCACAUCAGGUCUUGCAUGACCUAGCCUAAGUAUUACAGUACUGACUUUCCUCAUGCGUGCACUGUGUACAGCAUAUGCCAUUGUAUAAAUUGUUCUGAGUAUUAUUCUUCAAAUGUAUUGCACAAAACUGUCAUGUAAAAUAAACCU